AUGAUAAAUUAGCAAGAGUAUACAAACAUGAUUAUUAUGGCCUUUUAAGGUAAAGAGAGUGGAGCUAGAAAGAAAGCAGAAGAAUUAUUAAUACAAACCUGUCAGAAUGAUGUUAGAUCUAUCGAUAUUUUAUGUGAAUUAUCAACAUAAUAAAAUGAUUAAUUAUUAGCUGAAUAAGCAGCAAUUACAAUAAUAACUGCUGUUAAAAAAUUCAUUGCGAACACAAGUAAUAAAAUUUGAUAUUUAAAUUAGAACCAUAUGUUGUUGAAAUGAGAUUGCAUCAUGUUGAUCUAUUUGUUUAAAUGCUAUCAAAAUAAAUAUCAGAUAAAAUUAAAUCCAGCAUAUAAUAAGCAUUAUAAUAAUUAGUUUGUUACGAUAAAUGUAAAUAAAUAAAUAUAAUUGAACUUUAGAGAAUCACUUCAAGACUCAGCUUAAAUAACAUAUCAUCUAAUCAAUUGAAAGUAGGUUAGAAAAUAUGGUAGUGUCUGCAUUUUUUAUUGCCGAAACUUUAUAAUUAGAUACAUAAUGGGAGUGGUUUUAAUCAAUUAUCAAGGCAGGUAAAAUUAUUGAUAGUUUUUCUUAAUCUACAAAAGUACUAUGGGCUAAAGUUCUUUUUAAUUAAUUAAAUAAACAAUUCACAACUUAUUAAAUUAGUUUUGUACCAGAACCAAUACAAUAGUACUUUAUAUACAAUGAAGAAUUGUGUUAAGUAUUAAUUUUAAAGACUCAACAAUUAACUUUUGUAGGUGAAGAUUUAGAUUAUUGUCAUUUUGUUGUUGCCUCAUAAAGAUUAAUAUAUGAUUCAAUACUUAAAUAGUUUAAAGAUGCAAUCAUAGCUAAGAAAUGCCCAUUUUUAGAUAUCAUAUGUAUUCUAAGUGAUGCUUACAUUUAAAGUCUUGUGGCUUUUACAAUGUCAUAGAAUUUUUAAAAAGAUAACAUUAAUCAGAAUCAAUCGAAUUUAAUUAAUGAAAUCAUUAAAUUUUUGGCUAUUUCAUGCAAAAGUAUUUAAGUCUAUCAUAUAUUUGCGGAAUAUAGAAUGGCUAUUUUUAUUGAUAUCAUUUUACCAUUCUUUUCAUCAACUUAAAAAGAAAUAAAUGAUCUUAUUGAUGAUCCAAAUGAAUUUGUUCAAUUAACUUAAGAUAUUUUAGAUGAAUAAAAAUCAGAUAUCAUUAAAUCAUCUAUUGCUCAAUUAAUUAUAGCUUAUUGUUAACAAAUUGAUGGAUCUAUAUCCUUCUUUACAUCAUUCUCUAUUUUAGCUGCUUCAUAUUGUAUUUAAAAAGUUUAGAAUACAGAAAUAAAAGAGUAAUUGGGAUUAAUAAUGGAAUUAAAAGAACAUUAUUUUUUAAAAUCUAUGAAUAUUAAUCUGUUAUUAGAAUCAUCCUUAUUAAUCUUAUCAAUUGUAAGUAAUUAUCUUACCUAAAGAAAUGAAGUAGGAUUAAUUUUUAAAUCAUUUAUAAAUGAAUAUGGUGAUUACCUAUUAAAUUAUUCAAUACGUAAAUCAAUAAUAUAUAAUUUUAGCUCUCGUUAAAGCUAGACUUUGUACUUUUAUAGGUUCAUUUUGUAAAACAAUUUUACAUGAGAAAGAGGAAUUCUCUUAUUCUUUACUUAAAUUUUUAAUGAAUUAGAUACAAUCUUAAAAAAAUGAUUAAUUUGCUAAUUGUUAUUGUGCAAUAGAAGCUAUAAAAAAUAUUAUUGAGGAACCUAGUUUAGAAAAAGUUUUGGAAUCUUCAAUUGGAUAAAUUUUAUUAGUGUUAUGUGAAUCUUUGCUAUAAAGUGAUUUUGAAGUUCAUUUUGAAACAAUUAAAUAAAUUUAUAAGUAAUUGUUAGGUUAAUAAUUUAAGAACAUUCAAACUAGAAGCAUCUAUAUUAGAUUAAUCAUUAGGUCUAAUAGUUUUAAAAAUAUAAAAAGAAUAAUAAUUAUUAGAAUAAGGAUAAACUGAGAGAUAAAUUUUAAUUAAUUAAACUUGGAAUAUACUUAAGGCAUUACCUGAAAUUGAGAAUAUCAUUCCAGUACAUUUUAAUCUUUUAGAGAAAAGAGUUUCUGUCUUAUAUAAGUAUAUUAUAAGUAAUUAAUAUUUUAAUUUUUUAGAUCCUAAUAUCAUAGAUUUUGAUGAGGAUAUUGUAUAUUUUAUAUCACAAUUAAUAUUUAAAACUAAAUUUAUUAGUGAUUAUUAAGCUGAAAUGUUAUUUUAAUGUAAUAAAGUAAUAGAAAAAUAAAAAUUUACACUUGGAUAAUUAUUUGAGCUUUUUAAUUAUUACAUUUAUUAUGGAAAAACAUUAUUUUAAAAUAUCAAAGCUCAAGAAUUUGUAAUGAUUAUAUAUCUAAAUUUAGUUAAUUUAAAUAUUAGAAUCUGUAUUUAAUAAUCCACAUAGAGGAGAAGCUUCUUAAGGAGAAGCUAUUUUAUUAAUACACUUACUAAUUUAAGAAUAUUAAUUAAGUUAAGAGGUUUUAGCAUACAUUUAUACAAAAAUCUUAUAAAGAUCUUAAUUUGAAGUAAAGAAUGAUUUUUUGAGAGCUAGAUUAAUGGGAGUAUAUAUAUCAGGUUUUAUAUAAAAUUGUCCUUAAACUUUAGCAUGGAUAGAAUAAUAAUAAGGAUUUAUUUAUGAUCAUAUAAUUGAUUCAAGCAAACAUUGUUAACCAGAUUAUGAUAGUCAACUUUAUGUUUAUGGAUUCUGUUAACUCUUAUUUAAAAACCCUUAACAUCUUAAUAUAACUUUGCUUUAAAAUUUUGUAUCAGUUUUAAAAAAAUAAUAUCAUCAUGAUUUAAAAAAGGCAAAAGAUGAUAAUAAUGAUAGUGAAGAUAUGUUCGCAUUUAAUGAUGAAUUAGAAGAUGCUAAAAUUACAAUGGAAACAUUUCUAUGCAAUAUUAACAAAUAUAAUGAAUUUGAUUAAUUUCAUCUUACAUAUUAAUAAAUAAGGAAAACCAUUAAUAUACCAGAAUUAAUAUAAAAUGAUCCUAUUUUAAAAAAAGAUCUUGAUGAAUUAUUGAAAAUAAAUAAAUUUAAUUAAGAGUCUAGAAUAAUUUUAAAAUUGAAAAAGAGAAAAUAACCAUGA